AUGCGUUGGCUUUUGUCUGCUUUCCUUGGAAACGAAGAACAGCUGCACACCAAGUAUGCCAGGGUUUGGAUCCCUGAUCCAGAGGAAGUCUGGAAGUCAGCAGAACUUCUCAAAGAUUAUAAACCUGGAGAUAAAGUUCUUCAGCUUCGACUUGAAGAGGGCAAGGACCUAGAGUAUUGCCUUGAUCCAAAGACCAAGGAACUCCCGCCCUUGCGAAACCCUGACAUACUUGUUGGUGAAAAUGACCUCACAGCACUCAGUUAUCUCCAUGAACCUGCUGUUUUACACAACCUCAAAGUUCGAUUUAUAGACUCUAAGCUCAUUUAUACCUAUUGUGGUAUCGUCUUAGUAGCCAUAAAUCCCUAUGAACAACUGCCUAUCUAUGGCGAAGAUAUCAUCAAUGCAUACAGCGGCCAAAAUAUGGGGGAUAUGGAUCCACACAUCUUUGCAGUGGCAGAAGAGGCAUAUAAACAGAUGGCUAGAGAUGAGCGAAAUCAGUCAAUCAUUGUCAGUGGAGAAUCUGGGGCAGGGAAGACGGUGUCUGCCAAGUAUGCCAUGAGGUACUUCGCCACGGUCAGUGGAUCUGCCAGUGAAGCCAAUGUUGAGGAAAAAGUCUUGGCUUCCAACCCCAUAAUGGAGUCUAUUGGAAAUGCCAAAACAACAAGGAAUGACAACAGCAGUCGCUUUGGGAAAUACAUUGAAAUUGGUUUUGAUAAGCGGUAUCGAAUCAUUGGUGCUAACAUGAGAACUUACCUCCUGGAGAAAUCAAGAGUGGUAUUUCAGGCAGAAGAAGAGAGAAAUUACCACAUCUUUUACCAACUAUGUGCCUCUGCAGCAUUACCUGAAUUUAAAACUCUACGCUUAGGGAAUGCAAAUUACUUUCACUAUACAAAGCAAGGUGGAAGCCCUGUGAUCGAUGGCGUUGAUGAUGCUAAGGAAAUGGCAAACACCAGGCAGGCCUGCACUUUGCUAGGGAUUAGUGAUUCCUACCAGAUGGGAAUUUUUCGAAUCCUCGCUGGCAUCCUUCACUUGGGCAAUGUGGAGUUUGCAUCACGGGAUUCUGACAGCUGCACCAUUCCUCCCAAACACGAUCCCCUCACCAUCUUCUGUGACCUCAUGGGUGUGGAGUAUGAAGAGAUGGCCCACUGGCUUUGCCACAGGAAGCUUGCAACUGCCACUGAAACCUACAUCAAGCCAAUUUCUAAACUCCAUGCCAUCAAUGCCAGAGAUGCACUUGCCAAACAUAUCUAUGCUAAUCUCUUUAACUGGAUUGUAGAUCAUGUGAACAAAGCCCUUCAUUCUACUGUAAAACAGCAUUCUUUCAUUGGAGUGUUGGACAUUUAUGGAUUUGAGACGUUUGAAAUCAACAGCUUUGAACAGUUUUGUAUCAACUAUGCCAAUGAAAAACUGCAGCAACAGUUCAAUAUGCAUGUCUUUAAGUUGGAACAAGAAGAAUAUAUGAAAGAACAAAUACCAUGGACCUUGAUUGAUUUCUACGACAAUCAGCCUUGCAUCAACCUCAUAGAGGCUAAAAUGGGAAUUCUGGAUCUGUUAGAUGAGGAGUGCAAGAUGCCAAAAGGCUCGGAUGACACUUGGGCCCAAAAACUAUACAAUACUCAUUUGAAUAAAUGUGCCCUCUUUGAAAAACCACGUUUAUCAAAUAAGGCUUUUAUCAUCAAGCAUUUUGCUGACAAGGUGGAAUAUCAAUGUGAAGGCUUUCUGGAAAAGAAUAAAGACACCGUUUAUGAAGAACAAAUUAAGGUCCUCAAAUCAAGUAAGAAGUUUAAGCUGCUACCAGAGUUAUUCCAGGAUGAGGAGAAGGUGCUCAGUCCCACGUCAGCAACCCCUUCAGGCCGUGUGCCUUUGUCUCGAACUGCUGUAAAACCAGCCAAGGCCAGGCCAGGGCAAACCAGCAAGGAACAUAAGAAAACUGUGGGGCAUCAGUUCCGAAACUCUCUUCAUCUGCUGAUGGAAACCCUGAACGCUACAACUCCACACUACGUGCGCUGUAUUAAACCUAACGACUUCAAGUUUCCGUUCACAUUUGAUGAAAAGCGGGCAGUGCAGCAGCUGAGAGCUUGUGGUGUCCUGGAGACCAUCCGAAUCAGUGCAGCUGGCUUUCCCUCAAGGUGGACGUACCAAGAGUUCUUCAGCCGUUACCGUGUUCUGAUGAAGCAGAGAGAUGUCCUUGGUGACCGAAAGCAGACAUGUAAAAAUGUCCUGGAGAAGCUGAUUCUGGACAAGGAUAAGUACCAGUUUGGUAAGACAAAAAUAUUUUUUCGGGCUGGUCAAGUUGCCUACCUGGAAAAAAUAAGGGCAGAUAAGUUGAGAGCUGCCUGUAUCCGCAUCCAAAAGACAAUCCGAGGCUGGCUGAUGAGAAAGAAGUACGUGCGUAUGAGGAAGGCUGCCAUCACCAUUCAGAGACAUGUCAGAGGGUAUCAGGCACGAUGCUAUGCCAAGUUCCUACGGAGAACACGGGCUGCCAUCACUAUUCAGAAGUUCCAGCGUAUGUAUGUGGUCCGGAAAAGAUACCGAUGCAUGCGAGAUGCUACUAUUGCUCUUCAGGCUCUCUUAAGAGGUUACAUGGCCAGAAACAAGUACCAAAUGAUGCUUCGAGAGCACAAGUCUAUUAUUAUUCAGAAACAUGUAAGAGGCUGGCUGGCUCGUGUGCACUACCGUAGGACCUUGAAGGCAAUUGUUUACUUGCAAUGCUGUUACCGGCGCAUGAUGGCGAAGAGGGAGCUAAAGAAACUGAAGAUAGAAGCUCGGUCUGUAGAACGCUACAAGAAGCUUCACAUUGGCUUGGAGAACAAGAUCAUGCAGCUGCAGAGAAAAAUUGAUGAGCAGAACAAAGAGUACAAAUCUGUGCUGGAGAAACUGAACAGCCUGGAGAUUACGUACAGUACGGAGACAGAGAGACUUCGGAGUGAUGUGGAGAGGCUUCGGAUGAGCGAGGAAGAGGCUAAGAAUGCAACCAACCGUGUUCUCAGCCUUCAGGAGGAGAUCGCUAAGCUCCGGAAGGAGCUGCACCAGACUCAGUCUGAGAAGAAGACCAUUGAGGAAUGGGCAGACAAAUACAAACAUGAAACUGAGCAGCUGGUAUCGGAACUGAAAGAUCAGAACACAUUACUGAAAACAGAAAAGGAGGAGCUGAACCGCCGCAUCCACGACCAGGCAAAAGAGAUAACAGAGGCAAUGGAAAAGAAGUUAGUGGAAGAAACGAAACAGCUGGAGCUAGAUCUGAAUGAUGAAAGGUUACGGUAUCAGAACCUGCUAAAUGAGUUCAGCCGCUUAGAGGAGCGGUAUGAUGAUCUCAAGGAUGAAGUGAACUUAAUGGCGAGCAUCCCCAAGCCUGGACACAAAAGAACGGAUUCAACUCACAGUAGCAAUGAAUCUGAAUAUACUUUUAGCUCUGAGAUCACAGAAGCAGAAGACUUACCACUGAGGAUGGAGCAGGAACCAAGUGAGAAGAAGGCACCAUUGGACAUGUCUCUGUUCCUCAAGCUGCAGAAACGGGUUACGGAGCUGGAGCAAGAAAAGCAAUCCCUGCAGGAUGAACUGGACAGAAAGGAAGAACAGGCUCUUCGUGCUAAGGCUAAGGAGGAGGAAAGGCCUCCGAUAAGAGGUGCGGAGUUGGAGUAUGAGUCACUCAAGCGUCAAGAACUUGAAUCUGAGAAUAAAAAACUGAAGAAUGAGUUGAACGAGCUGCAGAAGGCCCUCACAGAAACGCGAUCUCCAGAGGUAACUGCUCCUGGUGCCCCAGCGUAUAGAGUCCUCCUGGAUCAGCUAACUUCAGUAAGUGAAGAACUUGAAGUACGCAAGGAAGAAGUCCUCAUCCUGAGGUCUCAGCUGGUCAGCCAGAAAGAGGCUAUUCAACCCAAGGAGGAUAAGAAUACUAUGACAGAUUCUACUAUCCUCUUAGAAGAUGUACAGAAGAUGAAAGACAAAGGAGAAAUAGCACAGGCAUAUAUUGGAUUGAAGGAAACAAACAGGCAAUCUCCCCAGGACUAUCAUAUGCUGAAUGAGGACGGAGAACUUUGGCUCGUUUAUGAAGGGUUAAAACAAGCCAACAGGCUGCUGGAGUCUCAGCUUCAGUCGCAGAAGAAGAGCCAUGAGAACGAACUGGAAUCACUGCGAGGAGAGAUCCAAAGUCUGAAAGAAGAAAACAAUCGCCAGCAGCAGCUCUUGGCGCAGAAUCUGCAGCUGCCCCCAGAGGCCCGGAUUGAAGCCAGCCUGCAGCAUGAGAUCACCCGGCUGACAAACGAAAACUUGGAUUUAAUGGAGCAACUUGAAAAGCAAGACAAAACUGUUCGAAAGUUAAAGAAACAGUUGAAAGUAUUUGCUAAGAAGAUCGGUGAACUUGAAGUGGGGCAGAUGGAGAACAUAUCACCUGGACAAAUCAUUGACGAACCUAUUCGUCCAGUCAACAUUCCACGGAAGGAAAAGGACUUCCAGGGGAUGUUAGAAUAUAAGAAGGAAGAUGAACAAAAACUGGUCAAGAAUCUUAUUUUAGAGCUGAAACCACGUGGGGUAGCUGUCAACCUGAUUCCAGGACUACCUGCAUAUAUUUUGUUCAUGUGCGUACGCCAUGCAGAUUACCUUAAUGAUGACCAAAAAGUGCGGUCCUUGUUGACUUCCACUAUCAAUGGCAUCAAAAAAGUGUUGAAGAAAAGAGGUGAUGACUUCGAAACGGUGUCAUUCUGGCUAUCCAACACCUGCCGAUUUUUGCACUGUUUGAAACAAUAUAGUGGAGAAGAGGGAUUUAUGAAGCAUAAUACACCUCGUCAGAAUGAGCACUGCCUCACUAAUUUUGACUUAGCUGAAUAUAGACAAGUACUGAGUGACUUGGCUAUUCAGAUCUACCAACAACUUGUCCGAGUGUUGGAAAACAUUCUGCAACCAAUGAUUGUUUCAGGAAUGCUGGAGCAUGAGACUAUCCAAGGUGUCUCAGGGGUGAAACCAACAGGGCUGCGGAAGAGAACAUCCAGCAUUGCUGAUGAAGGAACCUACACUUUGGACUCCAUUAUUCGGCAGCUGAAUUCUUUCCAUUCAGUGAUGUGUCAGCAUGGAAUGGAUCCAGAGCUCAUCAAACAGGUUGUCAAGCAGAUGUUCUACAUCAUUGGGGCUGUAACACUUAAUAAUCUCCUUCUGCGCAAGGACAUGUGCUCGUGGAGCAAAGGAAUGCAGAUAAGAUACAAUGUGAGUCAACUUGAAGAAUGGCUACGUGAUAAAAAUUUGAUGAAUAGUGGGGCUAAAGAAACACUGGAGCCCCUCAUUCAGGCUGCACAGUUGUUGCAAGUAAAAAAGAAAACAGAUGAAGAUGCAGAAGCCAUUUGUUCAAUGUGCAACGCAUUGACUACUGCCCAGAUUGUAAAAGUACUGAAUUUGUAUACUCCAGUUAAUGAAUUUGAAGAGAGGGUCUUGGUAUCGUUUAUCCGUACAAUACAGCUGCGUCUGCGAGACAGGAAGGACUCUCCUCAAUUGCUCAUGGAUGCUAAACACAUCUUUCCUGUUACUUUUCCAUUUAAUCCAUCCUCCCUGGCAUUAGAAACCAUCCAGAUCCCAGCCAGCUUGGGGCUGGGCUUCAUAUCACGUGUCUGAUUCCAAGGAUGUGCUGUCAGUGUUAGGUGGAGAAUUGGUUGCCUGAUAUCAUUACCCAUUAAAACACAGUGAGCUACUGAAAACACAUUUUUGAACAGUCUGUAUAUGCCCAGAUCUGUAGUAAAAGUAGCUGGAAAACUACACAACAGCACCACAGAUUGAAGGCUAAUAGAAAGAUGUACAUUUGUGUUCAGUCAUUACAUUUAUGAGGACAUUACUGAUUCAUAGAUUUCCAGAACAUGGAAAUCGGGCUUGGACAAAAAUUGUGUCUUCAGCUGUCUAGAGACGUUUUUAGAACUUUAGUAACAUAUUUAAAUAGUGUAAAUUAAACUCCAUAUGUAACCUUCUCAUAGGCAGGGACCAAUAGGGACAGUCGCAGUCCUGACCAUGGAAAACUCAGAAGUAAGGCAUUUUGUAGUAGCAUACACAGUUACUUGGGAGCCUGUUACAUUUAAUUUGUAAAAACUGGAAUGGAGAAGCAAAAACUGGCAAUAUAUAAAAUGAUUUCUUAAACCACUUCCUUAUUUAUGUCAGUUUGACAUAAAUUCUAGUGAUAAGUCGUAUAGCUUACUAUAUGCUAUAACAUAGGUGUUCAUUUGUUAGUACUGUGGUUGACCAAGCAUAUUAAAUUGCUGCUGCAUAUUGUGCUCUUCUAAAUGUAUAACAGUAUCAUAGGCACUAAAAAUAAGGUAUUUCAUUUUUUGUUGUCAACCUUAUUGACAGUCCAAUGCAGUCUGUUAUUCUAACUGGAUUUUUGCAAAUGUUAUCAGAUAUCACCUGUAAAGGAAAAUGGUAACAAAGCACAAGUAGCACACUGGAAACUACGUUUAGUUAUUGUGUUGUUUUUGUUUUUUUAAUAGUUAUCUAAGAAUACAAAAUCGUGAAUCAAAUUAUCAGAAAUCAGUCAUGAUUUUUGUAUUUAUUUAGAUUUUGUAGUCUGUCCAAUGUUUUCCUUUGUUUGUAGACCCCAGGGAUGUGUGUAUUUUCAGUAUAAUGUAUUUUGUUGCCACUUAAAAAAAAGUUUAAAAAAUAAAAAAGUAUUAUUUCAUACAUGUAUUUCAGAAGAAAACCUUUAACAGAAAAUUUCUGCAGUAGCCCAAGACUCAUGUUCUUAGAAAGACUGGCUUACAAAAAUGCUAAGUAAGUUUUGACUAUGAUGCUGUCAUUUGACCAUGACACAUACUGAUUUAAUGGCCUUCCUUAAGGUUCCAAUUCUGAUCUUUAAAACAUAGUUUGUGGUGUAUGGCUCAAAUAACACGUGGCAAAAAAAAGACACACACUCAGUUAUAUUGUGCAAUAUUUUUUAUACAAUGUAAAAAUUAGCAAUUUAGCAUUAACAUUAAUUUCUUUAAAAAUACUGAGAACUAAUCUAGAGGUACACUAUUAGACUAUUUGGUACUUACCUAUUUGCCUGCAAACUCACAGAAAAAAAAUGUUGCUGUAAAGCAGACGAAAAUGUUUCAGUUGUGUUUUACUUCAGAGGUAGAGAUACUGUUUAUAUGGUUGCUAAAAUCAACAAUAAAGAUAACCCAAACUGUGUAAGUAUCAUUUUACGAUGCUCAUGUUGUCUUACUUUCAAAUGUGUAUGCCCCAUGUUACAUUUGAUGGACCACGCUGACACUUGCACGAACCUAAUAUUGCAUUGCAUAAAUAUUUUGAAUGAUCUUUACUUACGAUUUAGAUUGUCUUUCUGUGCGUGGUACACCAAAAUUUUUUUAUUAUUUUUUUUAAUAUUACUUAAUUUUUUAAACUAUGAGUGGCUCCAAAUAAGGUAUAAUGUAAGAAUGGUGGGGUAUAGUAGUUUUCAGACUUUUAGGGGUACUGUAUUUGAGUGAAUGUAAUGGGAAAGCCUUCACUUCCAGGAACAUUGUUAGAGAAGGAAAAUAAGUGAGAACAUGUUGACCUACAGAAUUUUUCUCCUAUUGAAAAGCAAAAAAAAAAAAAUAGCAUACAGUAUGUUCAUACUGUAGAUCAGGAAGUGUAUCCACUAUGUAAGCAUUAGUGUAUUAAAAUGUAUGCCUAAAUGUAUUUUUGUUUAUUUUUGAAGUCCGUUUACCUGUAAAAAGCCUUAUUGUAUCUCUUUUCCUUAAAAAUGUAGUGUUUAGUAAUUUAUAGAUAUUAUCCUUAAACUCAGUGGUUUGACUGGUAUUACUUUUAUAUCACGUUAAAAGUAUAUGCUGCUUGACAUGUUUUAAAGGAAAAUAUUUUUAAGUUGAAGUAGAUGUGUAAUUGGUAAUUCAUCUAAUAUUUUACAUGGCAGUAUUUUACAUGCACUUUUCAGAAGUACAAUUUUAGCGUCAGUGUAUAAUAUAUCUUUCACCUUAGGACUAAUAUCUCUUAACCAUGGAAUUAUAAUGCAGAAUUAUUUUAACAACUUUUUUUUUUUUUUUCCUUUGAAUCAUGGUUAUGCUCUUUUAAUGUGGAUAUAUCUUUUAUAUUUUAAUUUAUUAUCUAUUGCUGUAAUAGAUUCUAUCAGAUGCUGGAAAAAUACUUGUCAAAGACCCCUUAGAAUUAUAUACAGCUAUUCUAGAGAUUUUGCACAAUUACCUCAUUCAGUUUGGUGUAUUUUUAUUCCAGUGACCAUUUUAUUCUGACAUUCAGGACAUAGCCUUCUAUUCAAAUUUUGAAAAAAAUUGCUUCUCAAUCUGGGACGGAACAUGAAAGUGCUUAAGUCCGUUAUAUGUAAUUAAUCUGUUUUACCUAUCGCAGGAAAAAAGCAGGAUCAACUUCAGUGUUGAAAAGCAGAUUGAUACCCGGUAACAUUUGUUCGCAACUUGGAAACACCAGCAUUUGCAAUUUGAAGGUCUGUGUAAUUUGUGAUUUAAACUGAACACAUUUCAAAUACCGUAUGAGUACUCUAAGUAAACAUUUUUUUUUUAAGAUGCUGAUACUUCAUCUGGUAAAUAAAAGCCUUUAAACAUAGAUUUUUCACUCAAUACCACCACAGUACUUAGAUGAAAACCAAAACAUUGUCAGAAUGACCUGAGCUCUGAUCUGUUGUAGUGUCUGAUGUUGUACUUAGUAAAUGUAUGCAUCAUAAGAACUGUAGCCUAAUAGCUAUCACUGGAAAAUGUCCAAAUAAAAACACAGCUGUAAGA